CCUGAGGACUAUACCAUUGUAUGGAUCUGUGCUACCCGCACCGAGUAUACUGCCGCCCAAGCGUUUCUCGACGACAUUCACAAGGAGCCUGGAUAUGAAGAACCUGGAUAUUUCUAUGGUUAUACAUUUGGCCAAAUUGGACGACAUAAUAUUGUUCUUUUGUUUCCUUCCGCAAAAAGAAUAUAUAGACAAUCACCUGUGGUAACAGUUGUAAGAAACAUCCCAUAUCACUUUCAUAACAUCAGAUUCUGCUUGUCAGUUGGAAGUGGUGGCGGCGCUCCUAGCGCAAAGCAUGACAUCCGACUUGGCGACGUUAUAGUGGGUUAUUCUCCUGCAGAGAGAGAAGGCAGUGUGAUUCAGUAUAAAACCAGACAAAUACCAGAGGUUUUACGAGCAGCCAUCGACAGACUUACGUUGCUGUAUGCAAUGGAGAGGCAUACCCUGAAAGAGGCAAUCGACACCACACUUGAUAAGAACCAAAGCCUGGGAGAGAGUUAUAAACGACCUGCCACUGAUAGGCUCUACCAGUCGCAUUUCGUCCAUCGCUCAGACAGCGAGAACAAUUGUGCGGUAGUCUGUGGUGAUGACCCAUCCAGCUUUGUUCAGCGACCUGAACGGGUCGAGGACGGUCCGACGAUCCACUAUGGCCUCAUUGCUUCAGCAUAUGCACCUAUGAAAGAUGCUCUAGUUCGAGAUAAAUUGAGUGAGCUAAAGGAUAUUCUUUGCUUUGAACAGGAAGCUACGGGGUUCAGUGGCGGUUUUCCAUGUCUAGUAAUUCGCGGCAUCUGCGACUACUCAGACUCACAUCACAACGAAAGAUGGCAAGGCUAUGCAGCCAUGACAACCGCGGCAUUUGCAAAGCAACUUCUUUGUGAAAUAUCUCCAGGAUCAGUGGAAGCUGAACCAAGG